GAGCUGAGAGUCAGGGAGUGAGGCUGUGUCAUUCCACUUCUCCAUUGGGAACAUCUGUCUGACUGAGUCCCGUUCACUGCCUGUGGGCGGAACAUUUCACUUCAAUGUAAGGUCCAUGCUGUUGGUACCAGGGUCCAGGAAACCUCCUUCGUUGGCUUGAGACCCAAGAACCUCAAGUUGCACCUUCUGCCAGUGGCUUCUAAGAUCAACAAUGGAGUGUCUUUUUAACCAAAAGCCUAUCAACAUCAACAAAUCAGCUGUGAGGAUAUCAAACAGCACUUAUUCCUACACCGACUCCCCUUCAGUCAACCACCCAGAGAGCCCAGAUGACAUUCUAUACACCAGAUUUUAUAGACUUUCCGUAGCAUUGAUGGUCAUCAAUAUCCUCAUUUUCCUGGUGGGAAUAGUACUGAACAGCUUGGCCAUCUAUGUGUUUUGCUUUCGGACAAAGACCAAAACUACGUCCGUUAUUUAUACCAUCAACUUGGUGGUGACGGAUCUCCUGGUGGGCCUCUCUCUCCCCACGCGUAUCAUCAUGUACUACAGUGCGGGAAACUGCACGUAUUGCUACUUUGUGCACAGCUUCACGUACUUUGUCAAUAUGUACUGCAGUAUCCUUUUCUUGACCUGCAUCUGUGUUGACCGCUUCAUGGCUAUCGUACAGGUGGAAGCAUCUCGAAAGUGGCGCAACCCCAACCACGCCAAAUUAAUAUGUAUCUGCAUCUGGAUCUUUGCUGUUGUUGUCACCUUCACCAUCUUGACGACCACCAUCAAUCACCCGUCCUGUUGCCUCUUUCAGCUCUUCUCUCUCACGGCUUUUGAGUAUUUUGUACCGCUGAUAAUCAUCACCUUCUACACCUUACGGAUCAUGUGGGCCUUGUCUAGAUCGACUCUGAUGAACCAGAGCAGAGAGCGGCGCAUGAAAGCCGUCCAGCUCCUCAUCACGGUACUGAUCAUCUUCACCGUUUGCUUCACGCCAUUUCACGUAAGUCAGGUGAUCCUCUGCAUCAACCCUUCCAUAUCUCUGGAUGUCAAUAUUGUAGUUUAUCAUGUGACGGUCACCUUGAGCAGCCUCAACAGUUGCAUGGACCCUAUUGUCUACUGCUUUGUGACCAACAACUUUCAGUCAACUAUGAGAAGCAUCUUCAGAAAAUACCAGUCAGAGCCAAUCAGUGUAAACAUAGUGAAUAUCCACAAGAACUACAAAGGGUCAGGCACGAUGACCACCAUAUCCAACGCCAUAGUAAACCUUCCCCUACAGAGUAGCACCCUCAUAUAAGAGCCAUCAGAGGCUUCAUUCUAAGGCCUUCAUUCUAAGGCUCUGGAAAUGACAUUUGAAGGCCAGAAAAUCUCUUUGUCUGAACUUACACCUCUCCUAACUGGCAAUCACUGAUAAUUUUGGGGAUCGGGGGACAGGUAAAAGGCUGUUUUAUAAUGCAUUCCAAAGAAUGAUAAUUUGCCUAUGCCUCAAUAAUACUUUGUAUCACACUGCUUACUUGACCCAAUUUAGCCUGAUUUGCAAUAAAUUAUUUCAUCUAUGUUGUAACAAUCAUUGGAAGCAAUAGUAAUCACAGGUCAUGUGACAAUAUAUGGCGGCUACGUGUUCUCAUACAAGGCGUUUGUGUCUGAUAAAGAAGGGGGGUUAUUGAGGUUUGAGAGAAGGAGAGUAUUGAUGUACAGAAGAAGCAGAGUACUGAUGUCUGAGAGUAAUAGAGUAAUGUAUAGGAGUACCAGGGGUGUAACUACAGAGGAAGUAGACCCUGCGGUUGCAAGUAUAGGAGGCUCCAUGAAGCCCUAA